AUGGAUACCAUGUCCGUCGUUACGGGCUCAUCAGGUUGCACAAACAAUGCGACAUUUCAGUUAUCAGAUGUGUCCAGGGACGACCUGACGGACCCGAUCGCCGAAGCUGUCUUCAACUUCAUCUCAUUGUACAUCACCCCAUUCAUCCUUGGCCCAGGUCUCAUUGGCAACACACUUUCCAUGUUAGUGAUGCAACGUCCACGCUAUGCAACCUCGUCCACCUGGGUAUAUUUACGAUUCCUGGCAUUCUGGGACAACAUGUUUAUAAUAUUCUACGGGAUUCAGGGCUACAUAUCCAAAUUCGUCCCACUUCAGAUGCUUUGGGGAAGUUUCUUCUGUAAAGAGUAUUACUAUUUCGCCGGGGCAUCUAAUUCGAGCUACUACGGCGUCUUAUUCAUGACCGUGGAUCGGUUUUGUGCCGUUCACUGGCCCUUAAGGGCGGCAACCUUGUGUACUAAGAAGAAGGCCAAGAUAACAUGCGUGUGUAUAUCAUUUCUUAUGAUGCUCGCGUUCUCGCCUCAACUCACGCGAGAAAUGUUAACAGAUGCGAGUCUGGCCGACAGGGAUCGCUGCCCGACGAAACCAAGAUGGUUGGAAGAGCCCAUGUAUAUCUUCCUGACCAUAUUCAUCAUGAUGGCUUCGCCAAUUCUUGUGUUUAUUUUCAAUAUCCUCAUCCUGUCUGCUAUUAGGCGGAACCGGAAGGAACGAAGUGAAAUGACAGGAAGUCAACAGAAAGGCAAUUCAAAAGAGACAAACAUGGACGCAUUGCUUCUCGCCGUAUCAUGGGCGUUCUGCGCAUGCUUGUUCCCGUUCACUCUGGAUUAUUUCACUUUCAAUUAUAUCGCGAAACCCGUUACGUCAAAUCAGGUAAUGGUAAGGAAGUUAUGUUACGAGUUUGUUCGCUUGCUUAUCUUAACCAACAGCAGUAUUAACUUCUAUCUUUACUGUCUCUCGUCGUCAAAGUUUCGUCUGGAUCUCCUAGAGAUUUUCAAGGGAAACAUCGGAAGGAAGGAAACAGCUAAUUCUUGUAACGUGUCUUCAGCCAGGCUCAAACAAUGA